AUGGAACCAUAUUCGUGUGAUGAGAUCACACAGGCUCCUGUGCCAGAUUACUAUCAUCUUCAUCGUCUACUGAAGUCCAGCUAUGGUAUUAAUCAAGCUGGUUUGGAAGAACUAACUGGCUAUGACGAUUGUAAUUAUCUUCUAACUGAUGUUAUAUGGGAAAAUGGAACAGAUUGUAGUAAGGCCAUCCUGAAAGUGUCGAAUCCGCUCGAGGCGAAGUGUGAACAGAACAUUGAUUUUCAGAUCAAAAUUUGUCAGGUUCUCAAUGAUGAAGGAAUUCCAUGCCCAACAACUAUCAAGCGAUUAGAUGGGCGUGACUGGGCUUUCGAAGAGAUUCUUGAUGGAGUGCACCUGCCUGUACGGCUGUUCGAAAUUAUUCCUGGCUCGAAUCUUGAGAAUUUCACUUAUAGUUCUGAGGUGAUUGAGAAUCUCGGUGAACUUCUCGCAAAAUUCCAUGUUAUCGCUGACAAAUCAAAGUUGACAGUUGAUCAUGUUCCAUAUAUUGCGAUCGAACAUCGGCGGGGUAUUUUGAAGGAGGCGGAAAUGUUAAAGGAGCAAUCACUCAUAUCGAAGGAGAAAUUUCAGCUCAUAGCUGAGUGUUUAGCCGAGUUUGAUGAUCGAAUCGCAAAUCAUCGCGAAAUGCAUGAGAUCGGCUUGAUACACUCUGACAUCAACGAAACGAAUGUGCUCAUGAUUGAAAGGAAUGGUACAACGGAGAUAACCGGCCUUCUUGAUUUCGGAGACGUACAUGAAUCCUUCAGAAUAGUAGACAUUGCAUCGACAAUCCUUUACCUCUAUUUAUCGGAUAAACAAAAACAAACACUGAAGUCUCUGACAGAUGGUGUUCUGAAAGGGUACCAAAAAGUUCGAAAUGUUUCUGACUGCACUCAUCUGAUCACUGCGAUGAAGGCUAGGCUAUCAUGCUCUCUAGUCUAUGGACUGAGAACAGCUCGGAUGAAUUUGCGAGGCGGGAAUGUUGACUAUGUGCUGAGGACUCAGUCAAAUGGUUGGGAAGUAUUACAGGAGCUGCAUCAUGGAGCCAGUUAG